CAACUCAGGUCACGAUCUCACGGUCCGUGAGUUUGAGCCCCGCGUUGGGCUCUGGGCUGAUGGCUCGGAGCCUGGAGCCUGCUUCCGAUUCUGUGUCUCUCCGCCCCUCCCCCGUUCAUGCUCGAUCUCUCUCUGUCUCAAAAAUAAAUAAACGUUAAAAAAAAAAAAAAAAAAGCCCAGACCACACUAACAACAUCACUUAGCAUUGAUAUAUUAUGAGACUGGGAAGCAUACAUGAAAUUGGGAUCAAGAGAAAGAAAAUAGGGCAGGAAAAAAUAUUUGAAGAAAUAAAGACUGAAAAACUUUCCAGAAACUCACAACAUUCUUAAGACAGAUACAAAGAAGUCACACCCAGGUGUACCAUAGCCAACAGCUGAAAACCAUCAUCAAGAGAAAACUUAAAAGCAGAUAGAGGGAAAUGACACAUCCCUCCCCAUCCUCCCCACCUGCCCUGUUUCCUGAGAGGUAGGUGUUGCUUCCUGCCCACCCCCCCGCCCCCAGGUGGUGGCCCUGACCUUAGUCUCCAUGCUGUUUCUAGCUUGAAUCCCACCCGUGACUUUCAGGAUGAAGUUUGGUCUUCAGUGUGAUCACUGUAGUGCCCUUGCAGCUGCUCUGUCACUUCCCACAACUUCUAGUUGGAGUGUCUGGUUUUUCAAGUGUGCCUUGCUACCUUCUUCUGGGAACUCUCCUUCUUCAGAAUCCCUCCCUGCCAUCUUUCCCUCCAUUCCAAGCUGGACCUCCUGGGUCCUAGAGGUCUGAGUAGUAGGUUUGUGCCUGCACUGUAUGGGUACUGAUGUUAGUGAAAUAAGAUUGGAAAUUCAUUCACAAGCCUUGUGUGGCAUCCUUUCUUCAGACAUAAUUGACUGUGGGUGAGGGUUUAGAGAACCAGUCAGCCUACUGUGGGCCUUGCCAGCCUCUGUGGAGUCAGCCUGCACCAUGCUCAUUUUCUGUAUGCUAGCCACAUCGGCCUUCUUUUGGUCUGCAUGCAGUCUUUUCAGCCUCAGGCCUUUGCACCUGUUGCUCCUCUGUGUGGAAUUCUACAUACCUCCUAUACAGAGAUUACACCUAGUCACCACUUGCCCAGAAAAACCUCUGACCACCUGGAUUAGGACACACACAUUCUUCUAAGAACUUGCCUUUACACUGUGUCUUUUCCUAUGAGGACCUGUCCAAGUUGUAACUCUUUUGUGUGAUUACUAUGUCGAUCCCUAUCCCUCUUGCCUGUGAGCUCUGCAAAGGCAGGAACUCUGUCUGGUUUUGCCCAUUUUGUAUUCUCCAGUAACCAGCACAGAGUCUGGGGUCCAGUAACUGCUCUGGUAAUACCUUGUGAGUGAAUGGAUGGGUGAAUGGGUGGGCAGUUCCAGCAGUAGUUUGGCCCUAGAAUGUUAGUGGUUCCUCUAGGAGUGACUCCUAGAGAAACCCGAAGGUUUUUCCCCUCAAGGACUAACUGCUUUGUAUCAUGUGUUUCCCAGGACUCUUUUUUUUUUUUUUUUUAAUGUUUGUUUAUUUUUGAGAGAGAUACAGAAUGCAAGCAGGGGAGGGGUAGAGAGAGAGAGACAGAAUCUGAAACGAGCUCCAGGCCCCGAGCUGUCAGCACAGAGCCCAACGCGCCGCUCGAACUCACGAUCAACUCAGGAUCCGCGAGAUCAUGACCUGAGCCGAAGUCCGAGGCUUAACCAACUGAACCACCCAGGCGCGCCCCAGGACUGUCUCUUAAUAAAAGAAUCCUCCCUCUCCUCCUCCCUCUCCAUUUCACACUCAGCCCCAGCCUGGCUUAAUUCUCCACCCUGUAACAGCUGCUUUCAUCUUCCUGUCUCCACGGUUAGGACUGUCACUGUUCCCGCAGGUUUGGCACACCUACUGGUGCUGCCCUUAGAAGUCACUGCAUAUACUCCUUUAGAAAGCUAAAACGUCAUGUUAAAGAAGUGGCCCUGAACUCAGGCAACCAGGGGCUCAGUGGGAGGAAGAAACCUGCGUCUGGUUGCCCUGGCCUCAGAAGUCAGCUGCAGCGUACUGGGCACAGAUGGGCAAGGGCUCUUGUCCUGCGACAGCGCUGUCGUCACAGGGCUUCCUGAACUUACAGGAGCGAGAUCACUUCCCAGUCACACGGCUGAGAAGCAGCAGGGACAGGAGAGGAACCCAACCUUGUCGGCUCCAGAACCCAGGGCUCCCCUACAAACUAGGUCGCCUGCUUCCAGAGUAUGGCCUGGUUUGUGAAGUUGGUACCCCCUACUGACAUUUUCCUAGCAACAAUAGUUUCCCUGCAGAUGAGGAGGAGCCAGGAGACCAUUCCCCUUCACCACAAUAGGAAGCUGAGGCCUAGCAGGGGUCUACAGGGGCAGAUGGCAGGCAGGCUAGGGCACAGACCCCCAAGCCUUGGGAGCUGGAUCCGUGCCCCCUCCCCUGGCGCCUGCGCACUGCAGUUCCGUUCCCGCCCAACCCCGCCCAAUCGCCCGGGUUUUCAAAUUUGAAACCUGCUCCUUUUCCCGCCCGAACUUGUAGGCCAGCGGAGGGGGAGGGUGGGGCCGAACGCAGCCAAUAGUGCCUCACAAGCUCCCCGGCCCCGCCCUGAAGGUGACGACAGCAAGCCGCAGUAGGCAAUGAGCAAAGGUGCCCGCUGGCCCCGCCUCCGUGGCGCCCACGUGCAGCAGUUGAGCUGGGGCCUCCCAGAGACCACGGGUGCCCAGAUUACCAUUCUAGGGGCAGAGUCUUCGCUAUCAACUCUGGGCUGGAAACUGAGGCCCUGAUACUCCAAGUAGUCGGCGUGGGGUCGCUGAACGAAAUGGGCAAGAUGCGGCCCCAUUCAGCCUGGGGACUCACUCAAAAACUGGGCCUGGAGGAAGCGCCCGUGGCAGCCCUGGGAGUCUGAGGGGCCGGGCUGGCUCGUGGAGGUGGGCUGCGGUUCCCUGGUCACUUUCCAGAGGGGCGGGGCCAAGAACUGGGCCGUCCGGGGGCGGGGUGUCUCGGAGGCGGGGCCGGGGCCCCUGUGUUUGUUGCACCGUGUCAGUUACAUUGUAACAAAAGUGGUGCAGCCGCUCUUCGGGCCAGCACCUUAGGCCCGCCCGCCACCAGCUGUCUCCGACAUGGAACCUGUGGCCAGCAAUAUCCAGGUCCUGCUGCAGGCGGCCGAGUUCCUAGAGCGCCGCGAGAGAGAAGCUGAGCAUGGCUACGCGUCCCUGUGCCCGCACCGCAGUCCGGGCCCAGUCAACAAGAGGAGGAAGCGAUCCCCCCAAGCUUCUGGCACGCUGGACAGUGGGCGGUCUGUGCACAACGAGCUGGAGAAGCGCAGGAGGGCCCAGUUGAAGAGGUGCCUGGAAGAGCUAAAACAGCAGAUGCCCCUCGGGGCUGACUGUGCCCGGUACACCACAUUGAGCCUUCUGCGCUGGGCCAGGAUGCAUAUCCAGAAGCUUGAGGAGCAGGAGCAGCAGGCGCGGCGGCUCAAGGAGAAGCUGCGCAGUAAGCAGCAAAGCCUGCAGCAGCAGCUGGAGCAGCUCCGGGGGCUGGCGGGGCCAGGUGAGAGGGAGCGGCCACGGGCAGACAGCCUGGACUCUUCAGGCCUCUCGUCGGAGCGUUCGGACUCAGACCAAGAGGAGGCAGAGGUGGACGUGGAGAGCCUGGUGUUCGGGGGCGAGGCUGAGCUGCUGCGGGUCUUCGGCGCAGGCCAGGAGCACAGCUACUCACACAGCAGAACCACCUGGCUAUGACCUUCACUGCCCCAAAGUGGGCCUCUACCCUCAGACUACUCUCCGCUCUGCCGGCAGGAGUCCUCCCCAAAGCCUCAGGGGCUGCUCGGAGUCACCUCCUGUUGCAAUGGACUAAAAGGACCCUUGUGUGGGAAUAGGUGCCUGCCCCCAACCUUGCCGCCGGCUGUGCCUCCUGGGGGAGGGGUGCCUGGGUUUCCCCUGAGCCCCACAGGGCAGGCAGCUUAGGCCUGGGCCACUCUUCCAGGCCUUUUUUUUGUAGCACUUGGCUCUGCUGUCCCCAAGGGGGCAGGAAGCCUCUUGGGCCCUCACAUUCCUUCCUAGACAAGGCUCUCUGGCCUUUGUCCCAGAUACUGUACAGUAUUUUCAUUAAAAGCCUCUUUACUAACUUCCUGUA